AUGAUAACAAGACCUGGAACAGGUUCAAGAAUUGAAAAAAUGAAAUUUUGUAGAACUGUUUAUGAAAAAGUUUUAAAUAAUUUUAAAGGAUUAGUUUGCCAUUGUAUUAAUUUAAAUAGAAAAGAAAUAAUUAUUCAUGAUAUUGAUGAUUAUGGAGCUGAUACUAAAACAAAUUAUUAUUAG